CUUUCUCAUGGAGGUCUCAUAGAAAGUACUCGAAAUAUUUGUUGAAAAUGCAAAUAUCCGUUGUAUUGUUGAAAAAAUAAUUAAACGGACUAUUUAAUUCUGGUAUAAACCAAUAUUGGGUCCAUAUAAAAAAAGGCAUCGGAAGAUAAAGCGUCGUUAUCCAUUUUGGGUCAUUACAACCAACAGGAUAUUUAUAAAAAUAUUAGUGACUAAUGAGAGCGAGUGAAAGUGAUAACUAUCUGUGACUAUAUUAAUCAAACACUAAAGAAAACUAUUUAUUUCUCGCCCUUCUAACGUAAUCGGUGGUCGACAAAAAAUGAUUCAAACAUAGAUCUACCACAAAGACAAACUUCUGACUACUUUCCGAAACAGUUAUAUGCUAAGUAUCGAAUAGAUGAUUAAUCAAUUAAGAAGCUGUUAUACCAUCAUUUUUUCUAAUUGGACAUAUAAAGAGCUAGCACCCCUAAGGGACUUAAAUGCCGUUCUCGUCUACUUCUCGUGUAACAAUCGAUUCCAGAGAAGCGAGAGAAUGCUCGAUAAUUUUCAAAGCAUUUACGACUUCAACAUUUAAGUGGCGUCUCGACCUGCCUAAAAGAUCGUCAAAAGCAGCUUGGCAGAAUAACAGUUGAUCUACUACUAACCAUACACAGAAUCACUUCUACUAACAUUGUGCGUGGUUUUCGCCAUUGCCUCUAUGGCAAACUGUGGAGAACUACAUGGACAUCUCAGCCCUCCCGAAUCAGGCCUUAGCUUUAGUACAGGAUACGGAGAUGCGGCACCAAGCGUUCCACUAAGUGCUGACCUUUCACCUGCGGUCAACCUCCAUGGACAUGGCUAUGGACAUUCUUCAGCCCUUAGUUCAUCAGUUUCUCUAGAUGGCGCUAGCCUUUCACAGAGUUUCGCUUCCGCCGCAAGUCAUAGUGACGCCGGUUUGGGAACUCACGGGCAUAUUGGUGAUAGCUUUUCUGGAGGAGCCCUAGGAGGACACGGAUUUUCUGGAGGAAAUCUUAUAGGAGGCGCAGAUUUUAGUAAUGGCUUUUCCGCAUCCGCAGGAGGGAUACAGGGAUUUGCUCCUUUAGGGAGCAAUGGGGCAUCAAUUGUAGAUCAUACAGUAUCCAAUGGAGUUUCAGGAAAUGGAGGAGGCUUUGGAAACAAUGGAGGAUUAGGAUUUGGAGGUGGUUUUGGUGGAAUUGGAGGAGGCGUUGGAGGUGGCAUUGGAGAUUUUGGAAGUGGUAUUGGAGGACCUGGAGGUAGUGUUGGAGGAAUAGGUGCACCUCUAGUCGGUGGAGGACCAGGAAACGUGGGUGGUCCAAUAGGAGCUCUCGGAGAUCUGGGACCACAUCACGGACCUCUGCAGGAUGCAGGCACUACAUAUGAUCACAAGUAUCAAAGAGUUCCAGUACCACAGCCUGUCCCUGUACAAGUUCCUGUGGACAGGCCUUAUCCAGUACCGGUACCAAUUCCCAGACACGUCGAUGUUCCAAGAGCAGUACGUGUGGAAGUACCAACUCCAGUAAAGGUUGAAGUUACGCGCCCAGUAAAAAUUCCUGUUCCCCGACAUGUUCCCGUUCCCGUAAAAACACCCGUGUAUCAUCAAAUACCCACACCGGUUCAUGUUAAAGUGCCAAAACCUUAUCCAGUUGUAAUUACUAAGCCUUAUCCUGUUCAUGUACCUGUAAAAGUGAAGGUUCACAUUCCAGUUCCAGUUGAAACUCAUGCUACUCAACAUUUGGGUAUUCAUGCUCAUAGUGGGCACGUUACUUUAAUACACCACCACGAUGACCAUGGUCAUCAUGGACAUCAUAGUAGUUGGUAGUUUUUGGACUGAAUUUUUUAAAAAUUGUUACAUGUUCUAGUCAACUUUUUAUUUAAUAUUGUUAUGUUUUUUUUGUAAUAAGAGUUUACAAGUGAUUUUACUAAAAGAUGCAGAUUAAAAUAUAUAGUAUUGUUUUAAACAUAUAAGUGAUUUUUAACUUACCGUACUAUUAGUUUGAAAUGAUGAAUGAAAUCAAAGUUCUCAAGACACAGGGCUUUCAAAUUGCUAUUCUUUAUCUUACGUGAAACAGAGAAUGUCAAAAAUCUGUAUUAUUAAAGAGAAAAAAUGGCAGAUAGUCACAAUGUAUUUUACGAUUUAUAAUCUUAUCAACUUAUUUUUAUAUAAAAUAAACACAACAAAAUGCUUAACUCCCUCUAAAGUCGAGUGGCUUUAAAUUUUAUGCACAGCAGUUAUCUCUCCGGAUACACUUUGAAAU